AUGCCUCGUCCCGACAGCCGUACGAUUGUAGGUGAGCUGCGACAGACAGACAGCGCAAGUAAACGCCAGGACGCUAUCCGCCAAUUCACCAAGGCUCUCCGUCGUGGAGACCGCUUCCAGCCGACAUGGGAUGCUGUCGGCGGAGCUACUGGGCUCGCCCAGUUGAUGGCCGAGUUCAGCGUCAAGGACGUGCGUACAAUGUGCAAGGCUCUAGGACGUACAGCCUCGGCUGAAAAGGCGAGACCUGAGAGACGCAAGGCUCUUGGGGAGCUUGUGGAACUACUCUGCGAUAGUGGCGAAGAUGAUCGUCCGCUGAGGGAGUUUUAUCAGAACAUUGUGCCGGCGUGUACCAUGGACGUGGUUGAGGAGUGGGAGAAUAAACGACAUGUCGAAUGGACGUCGCCGCAGCAGAAGAGAUUGUCCCUUGGACACCGCGAGCAACAUGAGAAGAAGUUCCUCGAAGACAUAUUUUCUCGCGGCAAGGAAUUGACAUUCUUGUCGCAGAGGAGACUGUUUUGCGGUAAUAUGGCCUUUAGUGAGGAGAUUUUGGAUACCCUCCUUGCCAAAGAGGGAGAUAUCCGUGUCCCUAACGACUUUGUUGACGAGUUGGUCAUGCCGUUGCUCAAACGCCUGCUCAAGAGAAGAUUCGAUCACGAAACACGACAGAAGUAUCUGCAUCUCGUGGUGAAGUGCAUCCAGAAGCACAAGAAGAUUAUCUCGAAUCAACUCAACCUCUUUCACGUUGUCGGGCCUGUACAGUAUACAAUCGACCGAUGGUACGAGGCCCCCGUGGACAGCGACGUCAAGGAACGGUUCAAGAGCGACUUGAUACAGCUGAUUGAGCUAUCUCCUGCGAAUCAGCGACGGGAUGGCGUAGACUCACUUCGCGAUGUCAUGGCCAUCUCCAAGAAGCUCAAUAGCGAGGCGAGAUAUGACCUCCUCCGUCUACUCUUCCUCCACGCCAAAGGAUACAACAAGAUCGAUAUCGACGAUGGGUCAGACUCUGGUCUUGAUCGGCUGAAGAAAUUGACUACCGAAAAAGGUCUUUGGCCCGCCGAUUUGUUCUUGACUGUUGACUCGAAAAAGGCAAUGCAGCUGUUUGAGAGACUGGACAAGGCCCAUCCAAGCAGCGACUUCUUGAGCCCUGGAUCCGAUUACUCGGUCAUUGCGCAGCGUCAGAGGCCUGAUAUUAGCACCUUUGCAGACGUCGAGGUUGCUAGAGCAUUAUUCAUCCGUACGUCAAAGACGGAAAAUGAGCACGAGGGUUGGCUUGAACGUACCCGCGCACUUAUCCAGGAGCGGCGAGUGAACUCUCAACAGGCUCGGGAGCCAGGACUUCGUGCCUUUUGGGCAAUGUCGGCGCUGAAUCUGUGCGUCGCUGCCAAUGACAUUGAGACGUUGGGAGAUACUGUUCUGUGGGCGCGCCGUUUUACCAAGGACACUUUGGCGUGCAAGGAGUUGUAUGGCCACAAGGUGUUUAAAACAAGGGAAUUGGCAGCUCUCUUGACUUCCAUGCCAACAGAACGUGUUAAAACCCCAGAGAACGCCAUGUCAUUCACGUCGUCAGUGGUGAAGGAAGAUAUCGUGCGCGCAAACAGGAUCCUCAUCGACCUUCUGGAGACGGCAACCAAGGCAGUUGGCGAACCUGGCUUCCAGCGCCGGGACUGGGACAUUGUGAUCGGCCUCUUGAGAGUCGUGGCCGACAAGAGAUUCGACAAUGUCAAAGAUUUCUUGAAGAAGCUCAAAAAGUGCACGGCGGCUGAGUUUGCAAAGUGCGAGACGAUCAUGGUUGAGACGGUUUGGAAGCCAACUAUGGACACUCUUAUUGAGGCGGAGGCCAUCGUUCGCAACCCGACAUCUGAUGCCCUCCGUAGUUCAUCUCACUUUUCAUCCCUCAUUGGGCGGUCUCGCAAGUUUGAAGCCUCGGGCCUCUUUGCCUAUAAGAAGCUCGCGUAUACGUCCAUCUCUCCUGUGCAGCUGGCGUACCUCGCGAGGUUUCUGCUGGAUCAAAUGCGGUCGCGUUUAGGAGCCGAGGCGAUGCGUGUGCACAUGGGAGACAUUGUUUGGGUUAUUGAGAGCAUUGCCAACUCUGACCAGCCGGCUUUGGCCUCCCCGUUCAUCCGAGACCUCGUUCUUCAUGAUGAGGGCGCUGCUGAGAGCUCUGCAUGGCAUCGGCAACUGCUCAGCGUUGCCUUUCUUUCGUCUCUUCCGGCAAAGGCGGCAAAGGAGAUUCUUCAAAAUAUGGGUGGUGCCAUGACGGAGAGACUACGGCAGCAGAACGAGAUCAUGGACAAGGAAGAGGCAGGCCAGUCCAAGGAGGCUGAUGGGGAGGCCAAGAAGACUCGAACUCCUUGGAUCAAGGUCACCACAGUCAAGAUGCUUGCUCAAAUUCUGCAGAACAACCUCUUUAUCAACGCCUCAUCGUCUUGCGACAUCCUGAUCGGUCUGCUCGCCGAGGCACGACAUAUUGAUAUCCGCAUCACCAUUACCAGCAGUCUGAUCAGCGCUAUGCAAGAACCAACAUGCCCUCCGGAACUACGUUCGCAUAUCCUCGACGCUCUAGAGAAGUACAUUGUGCCUGUCGUCGCAGACCUCAACGAACGACGCUCUAUGAGAGAAGAGGACUGGACCGCUGCUGAAGAGGAUGGCGCCGACUUGCCUGCUGUCAGUGAGGAAACCCCUCUGCUGGCACUUCUCGUCGAGCAAGCCAACUCCGCCAGGCUCAACGAGGACGAUAAGAGACGGCUUGCGCAGCUCAUUAUGACGGCGCUAAAGCAGUCGGCCGUGAACAACGCUCGCUGGAUGAAGCUCUUCCUAGCAAAGAACAAAUUUUACCUCGGCGAAGGUGAAGAACUCCCAAAGAUGCCAGUCAACAUCACGAUGCUCUCCUCGAUCUUUACCCAGCUUAUGGCCUACAUGCCACUCUCCGUUUUCGACAUGAUCCGCUCCGUGGUGUUUACCAACAUCAAUCCGACACCAGCAAUCAAGACCAUCACAAAGUUAAUCAAGAAGAACCGGGACCUCGUCAACUCCAAGCCCGGCAAGCAUUGGCUCGCGCAGUUUAACGAUCAGGGCGUGGACGCGUUCAAAUUUGGACUUUGGAGCUCCGUCCUCGCGCUACAGAAGCCUAGCCACGAGACCCAGUCAAAGCUAGAGGACAAGGGAAUCACGAUCCAUACUCUAGAGGACUUUUUACUCGAUACCGUUGAGAUUCUUCUUCAAAAGGGAGAGGAUGACUUGAUUGAGAGAAUCAGCAAAGACAAGAAGCCUGUCCUGUUGCCCAACUCGACCCUGAUGAACAUUGCCAUCCUCCCCGUCCCCUUCCCUGGAGGAUCACCUGAAGAAGAAGCCGAGCUCAUAUCGAAACUCCGCCAGAUGACAGAGACAUUCGCUUCGCGUCGACGACCAUAUCACAACGACUUUGCGCGUUUGAAGAACGACAUCAACAAUUGGCCAGCCAGGAAAGAUUUUGUUCGCUUCGCGCUGAAGCUGGCCGAAGAGACUGGAUACGACGUCGCUUCAGGCGAGGAGGCUGGACCGGCAGACUACAUGUGUUUUGAACUUUCGGAAUACCUCCUCACCAAGGCCGACAAUCCAAAGGACAAGGACAUCAUUGUCGAAGCCAGGGAGUUGUUGGAUAGGUGGGCGAAUUGCGGUGACGAGGGGGUUAGGGAGCUGGGGAUCAAGUCUCGAGAGCAGCUGAAGCGGCAAAGCAAGAGUGGUUGGUUCAAGCGGAGAGAAAACGAAGAAGCUUAGGUUUGUUUACAUGUUGUUUCACAACAGAUUUGUUAUAUAGGUUGGAUACAACGAAACAGUGUCGCCUUCAGGACAUUUGCCAAG